UCCAUACAAAAUAGUUUGACUGUUGACAAAAAUAAAAGUUUGGUUUAAGUAUUAAUUUUGGGAUAAGUAGUAUAUGCAUUACCUUAUAAUACCCUAUAAUAUUUCUUAGAUGAUCAUGUGUAUUAGUCUUCUCAAACAACAUAUAUCAAUCAACGGUUUAUAUAAAUAAUUACAUGUCUAGUUCACUAUAACUUUUUGACCCAUAUGUCUCGAUCAUCAGUACAUGUUUCAUAUGCAGCAGUACCAAUGGUUAUUAUCAUGACGGUUUUAUGUUUGUUUCUAGCAAAUAAUGUGACCCAUGCCCGAAGGCAAGCCACUUACUAUGUUGGAGGCGUGUAUGGUUGGGACACGAUUAUUCCAAUGGACACUUGGGCACGAGGCAAAAUCUUUUAUGCUGGUGAUAUUCUCGAAUUUAAAUACGAUUAUUUGACAAGCAAUGUGAUGGUGGUAAAUCGUACUGGCUAUGAAACGUGUAUAGCAAACGAGGGUGCGAAAGAGUACACAUCCGGCGACGAUAGGAUCAGCCUUCCAUAUGGUCUUAGCUACUACAUCGGGACAUAUGAUGAUGCUGAUUGCUCAGCUGGUUUAAAGAUGGCCAUAAGAGCAAUUAGUUGAAAUAAGUAAUUAGUUCAUAGUGAAAUUAUUAAUGCAUGUUUUUUUGUAAGUAAAUUCACUCAAACUCUCAUAUCAAUAAAAAAAAUUCUA